AACAUUCUAGUCAAGUUGUAGUUAUUCCAUUCUCCAGUGUCAUUUUAACUACUGGCCAAGAAUUACUUAUAUGCAAUAAUGUUCACUUCACUGAAAAAAUAUUUCUCACCACUGGUGAAUAAGGAUGAAGAACUAUGUUUACUGCAGAUCUUCAAACCCUUGUAUAUUUUACUCUCCGCUCUCGGUUUAUUUCCUCAAGCUGUACGAUUUCCUGAUGGAAUAAAAAAUACCACUUUGAAUAUCAAAAACAGUAUGAUAAAUUCGAUGUGUACCUUGUUCAUGAUUGUAAUUGUUCACGCCUUUUUGGUGUUUCAUUUACAAGAAUUAAACGUCUCUAGUAAAGAUAACUCCAUGACGGAAGGUAAAAUGACUCUAAUGAACUACAUUGCUGACCUAGUUUUAGAAAUACUGUUUUGCACGGUUUCUUAUUUCUACGUAAUUCGUGACAGAAAUGUAUACAUCACUAUACUGAACGACAUGGCUGUUUGCUGGGAUAGGCUGGCAAUGGGAAAGAGGAGAUUGAUUCUUGGACGAUUACGUGUACAUAUCAACUGUGUGGUUUUGACCACUGUACUGGCAAUGAUUCUUGUAUUGUCCGUGGCCACAUACACAGGCGAUUCAGGAGUAUGGAAGAUGAUAUUAGUAGCACUGACUUUUGUCUUACCAGAUAUGAUACAGUUUACAAUGAUAGCGUUUUACUUCGUGAUGAUAUUGAUGGUUGUGGCGCUGUUAAAGAAUAUUGAAGAGGAGUUCAAAGUAAUUUCGCUUGUGAAGAAUAGCGUUCCUAAUGAUUUGGUUGAAGCUCGUUUGGUAGUAAGCAUUCGUGAGUUAAGGGAGAUAUACGUGAAGACGUUGAAGAUUAAGAGGCAGAUAAACGAGGCGUUCCAGGCGCCGUUACUAGUGUCGUUGGUGGUAUGCUUCUUUGAGUUGGUGACCAUGCCCCACAUGAUAUACCACGGGCUGUCGUUCCAGGCUAACUUCACUACGCAUGAUGAUAUCGAGUGCACCGUGUGGGUGUUAAACCAGUUAAUCAAAAUGUACGCUUUAGCUAAAUCGGGUGCUUUGCUGAAAUCACAGGUAAAUGAAAUUGGGCGCACUAUUCACAAUAUCCCGAUCAGUGGAGAUCAAGAUCUGAAAGUAUAUUUAGAUGUUCUGCAUUUUUCGUCAUUGAUGGCUUAUCAGGACACGGCGAUUACUAUUUAUGGAUAUUUUCCUUUGGAUUCAACUCUGGUAUUUAAUAUUGUAACGUCUGCUGCCAUGUAUUUGGUAAUUUUGGUGCAGUUCGAUAAACCUGAAUAAAUUCUUCUAGACAUUUAAUCUAUACAGCGAAACUUGU